GUCGUGCUUGCGAAUCGGAUACCUUGGAGCGAUUGGUACCUGCCAGAAAUGUCUGUCGAGCCGCCACCGCCGCGAUCCUCACCACGCGCCAGCCCCCCUUUGUCUUCGCACACCGACCCACAUCCACCACGGGCCGCUACGCCAGGGACCGCAGACACACACGCAGAAGAGGACGAGUGGAAGGCAGCAGCGGGUGAGGGCACAGACGAGUCGGGUGGCAGCACCUCCGCAUCCCGGGCAGGCGCACCCCGCGCCGAGCCUGACCUUGCGUCGGACCCAGAGCUCGUGCAGAGAAUGGCCAUGAUGGGCUUCCGCCCCUCGCCCACCACCGACACCGCCAGGCACCCGCUCACACCGCUCGACACCCACGCACAGCCGCGCACGCCCGACUCGGAGAUGGACAUCGGCGCGCUGAGUGCGUCCUGGCGCGAGGACGACCUCGGCUCUGCGACGACGGCGGAAUCCAAAGACGGCGUCCCGUCCGCAGAUCACGCCCUGCACAUCGCGUUCGGCGCUGCGGGCGCCCAGCACGCGCACACGGACGAGCACCCGCUCCGGCUCGACGUCCACCCGCCGUCGCCGCCGCCAUGGGAGACAAUGGACCCGCCCGCGACGAAUGGCGGGCGCGACCCGUAUGGCUCGUCGCACACGCGCAUCGUGCAUGAGUUCUCAGGAACAAAACCAUUACGGUCGCGACCACUCAUCCCCUACUCGUCAUACUACUUUGGUCCCCCACCACCUGAUGCGGCGUAUGGGACGCCGCCAGUGGGCCAGAUCGGCGUGCACCACCCACGGGAGGUCGUGCGGAUCGAGCGCGACUACUCGGCAGGCGAGCUCCCGCAGUUCGCCGCGGUAUAUCCGCUCGAGUUCGAGGGCCGGCUAACGCCGACGCAGUUCCUCGAGACAGUCAACGACAUCAACGAGAUCCUCAUCUCAGCGCACAGUCUGGGGCACUCCUUCCUCGACAAUACGCUCUCCUUCUUCACUCUGCAGGCCUCGCGGCUCGUCAAGAUGUCGCAUUACGAGAAGGAGAUGCGCCGGCUGCAAAGGUUGAUCGAAGACCGGAAUGCGCGCCUGUAUAACCCCGUGGGCCUGAACAUCCUCUGGCCGCGCCGCGUGGCUUUCAUGUUUCUCGAGGUCGAGUACUAUUGACCGCCGCCAUCCAGAUGUGCCGAUGUGCCCCACACCCGCCUCCGUCAUUCCCGCCUGCCGCUGCCGAGUUCCACCCCAGAUUGCAUUCUUCUCCGUCACCAGUGCCACUUCCGCGCCCCGCCUGCUAGUGGCCCUAUCCCCGUAUCCCCAUGCCACCCAGCCGGCAUGUAUUCGCAUGACCACCAGUUGCAUAUACAUCAAUCCAUCGUAUACAUACGCA